UCUUACAAAUUUUCCUAAAGAGACGAUAUCUUAAAUGAUUGCAAAUUCAGCUAACAAGUUCAUGCAAAGACGAACCACCAAAGCCAUGAUUGUAUGAAGUGAACACAUUAUCAACACUUCUUUCUCUCUUUCUUCUAUCGGAUUCAUUCAUUCUUCUUUGCACACUGCAUUUCAUCAUGAACCUCACCACUCUCUUUCUCCUUUUUCUUCUUCUCAUCUCGCUAAAUUCCCAUUUUGCCCUCGCCGGCAAACGCAAGGUCCACAUCACCGACGAAUUGGACGACGUGUUCGACGAUGAGGAAGAUGAUGAUUGGAAACAAUGGGGCAAGAAACCUGCUCCCUCUUUCGCUCCCUCCGAUAUAACCAAGAUGGAUACUUCGCAGAUCCAAGAGGAGAUGAUGAAACGCCACACCGGACCUGUUAUCGGAUUCGUCAAGCUCCGAUUAGGUGUUCGCCGGACUCCGGACAUGGUAGCUGAACUUGCCAUGAAAUGGACACGUGUUCUGAGAACUGGAGCUAUUGGAAUAAGGUUUACAGGUGUUGAUCUGAAUACAAUCAUGUUCAACAUGGACAGCAUCAAAGACUUAGAGGAGUUGAAGGAAUUUGUUUUGGACCAAUCAGAAGCAUAUGAGAUUAAAAUGGGGGAGCAAUUUUUUAGAAGACCUGGAGAUCUACCCCUUGACGAACUCAUUCAGAAGCAACAUAGAGAGAAAGGCGAAGCAGAUAAUGCUGGUCAAGAGGAUGGGAAUUUGAAAACAGAAUUGUAGUUAAAAAUGGUACAGAUAAAAUCCUCUAGAAGUUGAGAUACCGCAAUUGUAUCCCUUGUUUAGAUUAUUUGUUGCUCCAAGUAUUGUUAUUUUUAUAGUCCUGAUAUACAACUCUUCA